AUGCUGUCCCGGAUAGUAUCUCGGUCAUGUCUCAUUCUCUUAUCUCUUUCCAGGUAUGCUUACGCGGAAGUGGUAGCAACCGAGAAUGAAACCCAGCUUGUCAUCCAGAAUGACCGACUAUACACACGUGUCGACAAGGCCUCUGGUGCCAUGGAUGCCGUCGUGCUGGACGGUCAGAACCUGCUGGGCACGCGUUCAGGAUCUACCGGCAUAUUCAACUUAGAUUGCUACUGUACUCCGGAGGGCUUCUGGACGCCCGGAUCCACGCAACCGAAGUAUGAGCUAUAUUCCGGCACAGACUCGACAGGCACUAGCUUCGGAGGUAUCAAGAUGUCCGACACAUACACCCCUACCGGUCAGGUUCUCGAGCAGUAUUGGUUCAUCAGGGACGGCGAGACAGGCCUGCAUGUGUUUUCACGUAUUGCGUACUACAACGAGACGACCCCGUUCUUGCGCAAUCUGCAAGAAUUUCGGACCUUAUUCCGUCCGAACUCGGAUAUAUGGACGCACCUCGCGACUAACGGAGUACAGUACGCGCCGCUUCCUGGCAAGGAAGCUAAGAAGGACCAAGUUGUUGUGCAAGACGCUACGUGGUACUUGGGUAACACGCCCGAUGACCUGUACGUUCAGCAGGAGGCAGAUUACUUCACUAAAUAUACCUUCCAGGAUACAUGGAGAAAUCAUGACGCUCAUGGAAUCUGGAUGGUUAUGAACACGAAAGAAACCUACUUCGGAGGUCCUCUACACUCUGAUUUGGUAGUCGACGGAAUUGUGUAUGAUUAUAUGGUUUCGAACCAUCACGGAGACCAAACACCGAACAUUACCAAUGGGUUUGACCGCACAUUCGGCCCACAAUACUUCUAUUUUAAUCACUUCCCAGCCGGGACCGAUCUUCAGGUUCUCCGAGAGGAUGCUACGCAAUUCGCCGAUCCGGAAUGGAACACCGAGUUCUACGAUUCCAUCGCGCAGUAUGUGCCUAACUACGUCUCGAGCAAGCAGCGCGCGACCUGGAAGCUACAAGUAGAACUUCCCGAGAAUGCCAAGAACCCCAUCGCCGUACUAUCGCAAAAUGGUGUCGACUUCCAGGAUAAUGUCUUCGACGCUAAGGCUUACCAGUAUUGGGCCGAGAUUGACAAGAGCGGCCACGCUACCAUCCCUCGGGUGAAGGAGGACACGUAUCGGCUUACGAUCUAUGCCGAUGGUAUCUUCGGGCAGUACAUUCAGGAUAAUGUAGAAGUGCGUACCGGCCAAGUAGCGACUACCCAGGUGAAAUGGGAAGAGGAGAGCCAAGGGGAAGAGAUAUUCCGCAUAGGCACGCCCGACAAGAGUAGCGGUGAAUAUCGGCACGGCUACGAGCGCGACCCAACGCACCCGCUGCAUCCGGAGCAGUACAGGAUCUAUUGGGCCGUGUACGACUUUGUCUCGGACUUCCCAGAAGGCGUGACGUUCAAGGUCGUCGAGAGCGACGUGGGUAAAGACUUGAACUACGUGCACUGGAGCGUCUUCGGGGGCUACGCCAACUAUCUUCGCUCGGAACCGUACGUCGGCGACGGCAACGUUAACAACUGGACUGUCGUGUUCGACAUGGAAAAGUCCCAGAUCAACCAGAAGCAGCACGCGACGUUUACUGUCCAGCUGGCAGGAGCCAAGACCGCCGCAGGCAACACGGAUGUCUUCAACGUUUCCGAGCCGUAUGCCAACUUGGCAUAUACCGUUAACGUGAAUGGGAAAGAUCUCGAGCCCUGGAUUAUCCCGUGGCAUCACAGCAGCUCGUGCGCGGUGCGCUCUGCAGUCAUCUGCUACAACAUCGCGAACAAGUUCGUCUUCGAUGCGGCCUUGCUUAAGGAGGGUGAAAAUAGGAUCGUGUUGAGCUUGCCGUUCAACGCGAUCAACUACGAGAGCGCGGUGCUGCCUAACUCUGUGUACGUGCAGUACGAUGCGUUGAGGCUAGAAGUUAGCUCGGCGAAGAUGCGGUCGUAA